ACGAUAUUUCUGAAACGGAUAAAGAAUAUAAUACGAGUGUGUCACUUACUUGCUGGAUUUUCUCUUGUCGUCGCCGAAUCCUUGGAAGGUUCCUGUAGACGUCAUCUUCUUCUACCGAUUCAAACCAAGGGAACGAGUAUUUUCUUAGUAACCGUCACACAGAUUUUGCGGCACACGAGACCUAAACACAACUCUUUCUUCCACCGAACGAAAUCAAAUAGGGUUUUGAGACGGGAUUGGUAGCAGUCCGUGUUACAAGUUCUGACGUCAGAGGGCUAGUCAAAUCAACGUUUAAACCCUAAACUCUUUUUCACAUCGAAACUGUCUUACAAUUCUGUCUGCUUAUUUACUGCACAAUAAACAUUGUAAAUAUUAUUAGUUAUUAGUUAUUUGUUAUACAAAUUUACAUGUUUAUUAACAACGAACCAACAAUUAUUAUUCAGCUUAUUUCGUUACAAUAUUUUCUGCUUCGUUAUUUGUUUUCGUUUCGUAAAACGUUGAACCAUUCGCUAUUGCAUUUAGAAUGAUUAUUUUCAAAUGAUUCAAAAAUUACUGAGAUAAUUCAACAAUAUUUAAUCUUACUCUAUUGUAUGUAGUACAGCUGUUGUAUAAAUGAUUAAUUACUAAAAAGGAACUUUAUAGAUGAUGUGCAAUGUCUGUGUGGGAAUUUUGGCAGGGUAAGGAGUCUUUAUUAUUUACGCAGAAUUUGUUAUUGUGUUGCGGAAAAGAAAUUUGAGAAACUCGAGCUAGGUGUUUGGCCGCCAUCUUAGAUUCUGAUUGACAAAUACAGAUGGAGAUGGAGCGUCUGAAAAGAGUCCACACAACAGUUUACCUACGUUUCCUACCGAUUUAAUUCAUACAGAUUGGUGCGGUUGUUAAUUAAUUAAUCAUAUAUUUCCGUAUAAAUGUUGGAAAAAACGAAAAGUUGGAAAAGUUAUCACAGCGUUACCGAAGAUUCGAUUCACGAAUGGACUGUUUUUAUGUUUUUUAACUGUCGAGGGAGAUCCGUAAACGAGUGAACAUGUUAAACCAAGCUGUAGUCGAAGCUUUAUAUUCCGCGACAUACAUCGAGAAUUAUCUGGACUGCGUGGAAAAUUUACCGAACGAUCUUCAAAGACAUGUUUCCCGACUUCGAGAACUCGACGCCACUUGUCAAACAUAUUUACGAGAAGUGGAUCAACAACAGGAGGCAUUACGAAACGAUACCGAUAUGCAAGUGAGGAGGAGAGCAUUGCUAAGAGUGCAGCAAGCACUAAUUGCCGCAAAAGAAAUAGGAGAUGAGAAGCUACAGAUUGUACAGCAAGUCCAGGAUCUUAUAGAAAAUAAAUCUAGACAAUUGGAUCUGGAUUAUCGAAACCUUGAUUUUGGAAAAGAACAAGAAAGUAGCGAAUCGACGCGUGAAACAAAUGCUAAUGUUAAUUCCAACUCUUCCGGCAAUGCCAAUAAUUCGGAGAGGCAGACUAAGAGAGCCAGGAGGACAAGAACAGAGACAUUAGUCGAAUCCAAUGCAAUGGACAUGAUCGCGAUGACCGAAACACGUUCCAAUACAUUGUCCAAUACAAGUAAUGGUAGUCAAAAGAAAACAAAUACUACCAACACCGGAAAGAAAAAGAAAAGAAAGUCUAAACAGGGCAAUCAGCAGAAUCAACAUCGGGAAGAUACUCCCCCACCUCCGGAAGAUGAGCUUGCGAUAGACCCGGAUGAACCAACGUAUUGCCUUUGCGAUCAAAUAUCGUAUGGAGAGAUGAUAUUGUGCGAUAAUGAUCUAUGUCCUAUCGAGUGGUUCCAUUUCUCGUGCGUCUCGUUGAGUACUAAGCCAAAAGGCAAAUGGUUCUGUCCAAAAUGUAGAGGCGAUCGACCGAACGUUAUGAAACCCAAAGCACAAUUCUUGAAAGAAUUGGAAAGGUAUAACAAAGAGAAGGAGGAGAAAUCGUAGCAGGAGAAAGCUGGUGAGCAAUUUAAACUUUGGAAGACUUAAUUGAAAAAACUAAAGAAUCCUUUAUUCGAUACUUCAUAAUUUUUAAUUUUUUAAAUUUUUACGGUUCUAUCGAAUACAUUAUUUGACUCCUGGCAAACAAAGAAAUGAUAAUAGUCACGUGAUACGCUGGCUAAACUUGUUUGGUUUCUUAAGUGUUUGAAUAUACAUAUAAAUAUGCGUGUGAACUAUCAAAUAAUUAUCUAACAGUAGGAGAUAAAUUAGAUUUGUAUAGUAUUGGCUAUUGUAAAUAUUGUAACAUGAAUGUAUCGAACGAGAAUGAAACCGAUAUCCUCCGAUUGCUGCUGCACAUUUUUCGAAAUUCAUUGAAUCAUGUUGAAAAUUUCAAAGAGUUACUUAGCUUGUACAUGUUCCCCGAGCAAAUUAGAUUUUGCAGUCGACUACAAAAUGUACAUUCAGUUUUUCAAACGCAAUAGCAGUAUUAAAUAACGCGAGUAAUAUUUCGUAGCGUAAAUUUUCGUAAAUAAAAUAGUUUAAUGUUAAUGAGAUUUUUUUCAAGAUCCGUACAACUGUAAUGCAUACGAUUUUAUUACAGAAUUAUUACUACGUCGGUAUAUACGUUAAGUAACAUUGGUAAAGUUCUAUUGUAUUAUUUGUAAAAUGUAUAAUUGUAUAGAAAAUAUAGUUACAGAUUCGCUAUAGGUAAUUAUCAUGUAUUUAAUAUAAAACAUACGUAAUAUCUAUAAAUGAAAACGAUUGAAUCUCUGUGCAACACUCGAAUAUCUAAUUCCACUUUAUGUACCUUCUCUCUUUUAAUCGUCGAAAGAUCUACUUUGUAAAUAGAUAUGCUGUAUUUUUAGAAUACAAUCCCCGAUUAGUGCAUAAUGUACAAUAUGUUUGAACAGCUAUUUUUUUUCAUAAUCGAGUAUAAACUUGGACUGUAUAUAAACCAGAAUUGUUUCCUAAAAACAAUGUGAGUUUUGCACAGUUGUAAGAACAUUUUUUUAUGAGACAUGUUUGUAAGAAAUAAAUUUAAUGUUUUCAUUAA